GAGAGAGUGAGUUUGUGAGUAUGAAUCCCUCCAAUGGCUCUGGCUUUUCCCCUGCAGGUCGGAGCUGCUGUGGGUGCGCUGCUGUGGUCUGUGGCCAAGCAUGGUGCUGUGGCCGGAUCUGCCCAGCCGUGGAACAGAGACAUUUGCUGGAUGGAAAAUCCAUAAAAGAAAGCUCCUAUGAAAGCCGGAGACAGACGCUAACUAAGUAAAAUCAGAUAUUUGGGCUGCUUGACCUCAUUGAGUGAUUGCUACUAAUUAACAAGACUUUUUUGGGAAAAGGGAAUUUGCCUUCUGAGCCCUGUACCAAAGACCUGGGGAAAAACAAACCAUCUCCAUCUUUCCUGAGUACUUGGAAACUGCCAAGUCCCCUGCUAAUGUGCUGACUGGUCACUAUGGGCAGACGGUACCCGGAGGCUCCCUGUCACCCAGGCAGCUCAUAUUUCAAAUUAUAACCUAGUUCCUGCACCACUGCUGGCGUCCACUGACCCAUGUCCGAAGUACUUCCAGCUGACUCAGGUGUAGACACUGUGGCAGUGUUUAUGGCCAGCAGCGGAGCCACAGACAUCACGAAUCGAAAUAGCCCGGCCACACCACCAAACACCCUUCAUCUCCGCUCCUCCCAUAAUGAACUGUUGAAUGCUGAGAUAAAGCACACCGAAACCAAGAACAGCACGCCCCCCAAAUGCAGGAAAAAAUAUGCACUAACUAACAUCCAGGUGGCGAUGGGCCUCUCCGAUCCAGCCGUGCAGCCCCUGCUGGGAAGUAGCUCUGCCAACAUCAAGCUGGUGAAGAAUGGGGAGAACGAGCUCCGGAAGGCUGCAGAACAGGGACAGCAGGACCCCAACAAGAACGUCAGCCCCACUGCAGUCCUCAACACAACUUCUGAGAAGUUAGAGGGCAAAGAGCCCCACCCACGGGAUUCCUCAGGCUGUGAAAUUUUACCCUCCCAACCCAGGAGAACCAAGAGCUUCCUAAAUUACUAUGCAGACCUGGAAACCUCCACCAGGGAACUAGAGCAGAACUUGGGCAACCAGCACGGGGUUGUGGAAGAGAAGUCCCAGCCAGGCCAGGGCCAGGGCCAGGCCUCCACCCUCAUUGCGAACGGCGAGGGGCUGCCGCAGAAACCAAACAAAGCCCAGUUCAGCCCUGAAGAUGGUCACGCGGCCACAGUGUCAUCCAGCCCAGAGACCAAGAAGGAUCAUCCUAAAACGGGGGCCAAAACCGAUUGCGCCCUACACCGGAUCCAGAACCUAGCACCGAGUGAUGAGGAGUCCAGCUGGACAACGUUGUCCCAAGACAGCGCCUCGCCCAGUUCCCCGGAUGAAACAGACAUAUGGAGUGAUCACUCCUUUCAGACUGAUCCGGAUUUGCCGCCUGGCUGGAAGAGAAUCAGCGACAUUGCUGGGACCUAUUACUGGCACAUACCAACAGGGACGACUCAGUGGGAACGCCCCGUCUCCAUCCCAGCUGACCUUCACAGUUCUAGGAAAGGGUCACUUAGUUCUGUAACGCCAUCUCCCACCCCAGAGCACGAGAAACAGCCAUGGAGUGAUUUUGCUGUUCUGAAUGGGGGAAAGAUUAAUAGUGACAUUUGGAAGGAUUUGCAUGCGGCCACAGUUAACCCGGACCCCAGUUUAAAAGAGUUUGAAGGAGCAACACUGCGCUAUGCAUCUUUGAAACUCAGAAAUGCUCCACAUGCUGAUGAUGACGAUUCUUGCAGCAUCAAUAGUGACCCAGAAGCCAAGUGUUUCGCCGUGCGCUCGCUGGGAUGGGUGGAAAUGGCAGAGGAGGACCUCGCCCCUGGCAAAAGUAGCGUUGCUGUCAACAACUGCAUCAGACAGCUUUCUUACUGCAAAAACGACAUCCGGGACACAGUCGGCAUCUGGGGAGAGGGGAAAGACAUGUACCUGAUCCUGGAGAACGACACGCUCAGCCUGGUGGACCCCAUGGACCGCACUGUGCUCCACUCUCAGCCCAUCGCCAGCAUCCGCGUGUGGGGCGUGGGGCGCGACAACGGCCGAGAGAGAGAUUUUGCUUAUGUAGCAAGAGACAAAGAUACAAGAAUUUUGAAAUGUCAUGUGUUUCGAUGUGACACACCAGCCAAAGCCAUCGCCACAAGUCUCCACGAAAUCUGUUCCAAGAUUAUGGCCGAACGGAAGAAUGCCAAAGCCCUGGCCUGCAGUUCCUUACAGGAAAGAGCCAAUGUGAACCUCGACGUGCCCUUGCAAGUAGAUUUUCCAACGCCAAAGACUGAGCUGGUGCAGAAGUUCCACGUGCAGUACUUGGGCAUGUUACCCGUAGACAAGCCGGUCGGAAUGGAUACCCUGAACAAUGCCAUAGAAAAUCUUAUGACCUCAUCCAACAAGGAGGACUGGCCGUCGGUGAACAUGAAUGUGGCCGAUGCUACUGUGACCGUCAUCAGUGACAAGGAUGAAGAGGAGGUCUUGGUGGAGUGCCGCGUGCGAUUCCUGUCCUUCAUGGGCGUCGGGAAGGAUGUCCAUACGUUCGCCUUCAUCAUGGACACCGGGAACCAGCGCUUCGAAUGCCAUGUUUUCUGGUGCGAGCCAAACGCGGGUAACGUGUCGGAGGCGGUGCAGGCCGCCUGCAUGGUGAGUGCCUCUCCCCCUGCCGCCGCCGCUUCUGUGCUGCGUGCAGGUCGGUGCCGAGCUCCUUAGUGAGUGGAAAAUACGUCUCCUCUCUGAAGUGACACUCUGCCGUGUCACACCCUCAUUCCUGCGGACACGACCUGUGGUGACGCGCAGUUUGCCGUCUCAGUGGCCAAAGGCACCGACAGGAAGCCGGGCUGCGUGGAGCCCCGUUCUAGAGACCACUGAAAGCAGUGAUCUUCAGAACUACAGAUUGGAGGAU